CGGUGCCUUCCAAAAUGGCGGCCGCAACAACACAUGCUUGGAAGAGCAAAACGUUGUUUUUGAGAAAUCUGCCAUUUUCAACUACAAAUGAAAAACUUGAGGAGAUUUUCGGUGAUAUUGGACCUCUAAAGACGUGUUUUGUCGUUAAACCAAAAGGUGCAGAAAAAAGCAGAGGGUUUGGUUAUGUGGCAUAUUCUAUGUUGGAGGAUGCAGAAAAGGCCAAAAAUUCUGUCAAAGCAAUAGAUGGAAGGAAGAUCAUGAUAACGUUUGCAGAGAGAAAACGGGACAACAGAAUGAGAAUGGGUACAAACAGAACAGUUCCACCUGUCAAAGAGGAAGUGAAAGAGGAAGAUAAGGAGGAACAAAGCUCUGAUAAUGAAGAGAGGGAAGAGGAAGAUGGCAAAAAAGGGAAACUUGAUGGGAAGGAUAAACAGCAGAUAAAAUACCAGUGGUCUAAAACUUUACAAGUUUCUGGCUGGAAGGACCAUUUCUCACAGGAGGAUAUUCACAAGUACAUAACUAAAAUAAACGUCAAAAACGUCAGCAAGUUGGAGUUUCCUUUGAGAAACUGUGAACAGCCUACAGCGCUGAUGAGGUUCAAAUCUAUCCGAGACACGAAAGCUGGACAGAGGAAACUAGAGUCAAGUUCUGGCAAAGAAGGUUACACAUUGUCUGCCAGAUGUCAGAAGGACGACUUCAAAGUUGUUUCCCAGAAAGAAUUAAAACAAUGUCGAAUCAUUGUUAGAAACCUAUCUUUUAAAUGUACAGAGGAUAAAUUGCGUGAAUAUUUUGAAAAGUUUGGCGACAUCACAGAAGUCAAGAUUCCUUUAAAGCCAGAUGGCAGGAUGUUUGGUUUUGGGUUUGUACAGUUUGAGAAACAAGAUGAGGCUGACCAAGCAAUCAAAGGAAUGAACAUGAAACCUAUAUUAGGACGUCCUGUUGCUGUAGACUGGACAUUGCCAAAGAACCAAUACAUCGCAGCUCAGACCAGGAAAGUGGAGCCAGCGCCCAGAGGGGAGGCUAACAAGUCCCAGGCAGCAGAGAGAAGAGAAACUAGUAAACCUCACAUAAAAAAGGAAAUAAAAAUUGAACCCGUCAGCGAUGACGAUGACACAGCAUCUGAUGAGGGGUCGUUUAGUACAGAAAACGAUGAGAGCGAAAGCAUGGAAGAGGGAUCAGUAGAUUCAGAAGACAAUGAGGAAGAAGACGAGUCUGAAUCUAAUUCAGAUGAUGAAGGGUUUGCUGAAGCAGAUGAAAAGAACGAAGAAGAAGAAACAAGUGAUGAGGAAGAUGCGGCUGAUGAUUCAAACAAUCAAAGAAAGAAAAAGAAACAAAACAAAAAUGUGAAUAAACGGAAAAGUGAUGUGGAGGAAGGAAGGACACUAUUUAUCAGAAACGUAGCAUUCGAAACAUUUGAGGAAACGUUAGAGGAAGAGCUGGAGGAAUUUGGAGAAAUUAAUUAUUGUCGACUUGUGAUGGACUCUCAAACAGAGCACUCUAAAGGCAUGGCAUUUGUGCAGUUUAGGACUGUUGAAGGAGCCAAAUCUUGUCUGGAGAAAGCUAACGAUGAAUCCCGGGAUGGAGGAAUUACUGUGGAUAAUAGGAAGCUGUGUAUUGCUGUAGCGGUGAGUCGUGACAAGGCAAAAGACUUCAAAGAGGUGGAGAAGAAAAAACAGGAGGACAAACGUAACUUGCACUUGGCAAGAGAAGGCAUGAUUCGGCCGGGGACACAGGCAGCUGAAGGCUUGUCUAAGGACGAUCUACAGAAACGCAUGAAGGUAGAAAACAUAAAAAGGGAAAAGUUAAAAAAACCAAAUAUAUUUAUCUCGGCAACUCGUCUGUGUGUUCGGAACCUCCCCAUACAGUUCACAGAUAAGGAGUUCAAACAAGUCUUCCUCAAGGUUGUCGGUGAUAAAAAGGCUGUCAUCAAUGAGUGCCGGAUCAUGCUUGACUUGGAGAGAGUGAACGGACAAGGGAAGGCAAAGUCCAGAGGUUACGGAUUUGUGAACUUUACCGAACACAAACAUGCUUUACAGGCGCUCAGGGCGGCCAACAAUAACCCGGACCUCUUCGAGGAUAAACGGCGUCUCAUCGUUGAAUUCUCCCUGGAAAACAAAACAGCUCUACAAGCCAAGGAGAAGAAAAUGGAGAGACACAAGGCUAGACAGUUACAACUACAACAGAAACGAGAAAGUACUGCUGCAAAGACAGAAGAAGAAGAAAAUAAAAAGAAGGCACAAGCCAAGGAAAACAGAAAAUCUAAAUCUAAAGACAAUUUAACAAACAAAUUUAUCGGUAAAGUUCAGAACGAGGAAAGAGGUGAUGAUGAUAAAAAAUUACCUAAAGGUCUACCAUCACAUUGGGGACCAAAAGUACGGCACAAACCUCGACCAGCCAAGUUAGAGAUGGAGAAAAAGGAGAAAAAGAAAGCAAAGAAACAAAGACAGAAACAACAACGUGGGGAGGCAGUGAGUUCACAACCAACAACAGGCAACAAACGACAGAUCACAGAUGCACAGGACAAGGGACCUUUGAUGAAGAAAAAGAGACAUUCUGGUAAAGAGAAAGUGGAUGACUUCGAUAAACUAGUUAAUAGAUAUAAACAAAAGUUUACAUCUGCUAAAACCUCAUCCAAGUGGUUUGACAGCUAAUAUCUUCCGUGGAAAUUUGCCUGAAUAUAAAUAUGAGACUAACUGUUAUUUGUGAUAUUUGUUCUUCAAUAAAUACAUUGUACAUAUA